CACUCAGAUACCGACACCUGGAUACACACAUUGAUUCCCAUGUCCCUUUCAGUCUGUUAUCUCUGAUAACACCCUCUGCAGGAAUCUUUUUUUUUAAUUAUUUUAUUUUAUUUUAUUUUUUGCUUCUCUUGGAUAAAACUUUUUUUGUGUGUGUGUGUGUGUUUUAGGGGUAUAUUUUUCCUCUCCCAGCCCUCAAGAGAUCACCUGGAUUGGGAAGAUAAUGAUGAUCCACUUGUCUGCACUGAUAAGAGGAAAGAAGAGUUGGAAUUGAUGAUCGUAGAGUGGAGUUUAGGAGGGGGAUUUGUGAAGAGAAGAUCUGGGAGGAGGAGCAGGUGAUCGAAGGAGGAAGAGGAGGAGAAGAAGAAUAUGGGCUGCUCUUCUGUGUGGAUCUUUCUACUGUCCCUUUUUCUCUCUCAUCAAAGAGUCACCGCACAAACUGAAGCAUGCAGGACGGUGGUACAAGCAGACAUAGUUUUUCUGGUGGAUGAGUCAUGGAGUGUGGGUCAGACCAGUUUCUCCAGCGUUAAAGGCUUCAUAUCAGCCAUCAUCUCCUCCUUCCAGGACAGCGUGGUGGGAGCUGAGGGGGUCCGCUUUGGCGUCACUGUGUUUGGGGAUGUCCCGAGGAUGAGGAUUGCUUUGACAGACUAUGGUUCAAUGGAGGAGGUGCUCAGAGCCAUCAGAGACCUUCCGUACGAAGGUGGCUCCAGGAGGAUUGGUGACGCCCUCCAGUAUCUAGUGGACCCUGUUUUCAGCCCCGCCAUCAGUCGAGAUCAUGCCCCGAAGAUUGCUGUUUUGAUCACAAACGGACGCUCAGACGACAAGGUUGAUGCCGCAGCCAGAGCUGUAGCUGACAAUGGGAUCUCUCUCUUUGCAGUAGGUGUUAGGGGAGCUGAUCAAUCAGAGCUCAGGAGGAUUGUGUCAGAACCACAAGAAGAACACUUGUUGCUGGGUACUGAAUUCUCUCUUCUGGAAACCCUCCUUCCAAAACUGUCCCGCAGAGUGUGUUUUACAGCUUCUGAGCCACCACGUCCUGUUAAAACCUACCAACCUGUUGAGGAGCGUUUAGUGGGCCCCAGAGACCUGCAGGUCAGUGAGUUGGCUCACAGCUCCCUCAGACUGACAUGGAGCCAGGCCACAGGUGAUGUCACUGGAUAUCGCCUCCUGGUCACCCCUCUCACCUCCAGGGGACAUCUGCUCGCACCACAGCAGAGACAGAUUGAUCUGAAGGCAGAUGUGAGCACAGCACUGGUGACAGAGCUGAGUCCUAAAACAGACUAUUCCCUCACUGUCUAUGCCAUCUACCCCAGCCUCAUAGGAGACUCUGUGACAGUCACCACUCAGACAACCCCUUUACCCCAGGUGUCAAACUUCCGUGUUAUUGAGGAGGGUUUGUUUUCUCUGCGCCUGGGCUGGACACCUCCUUUAGGGAAGCUCAGUGGAUUCAAGAUUUUCAUCCCACGAUCCAACCGACCAGGAUUUACUUAUGAGCAGCUGCUUCCUGGGGACACCUCCUCUCAUGUGAUUGACAGCCUGGAGGAGGAUAAGAAGUACACUAUCAGUAUUUAUGCUGUUUACCCCCAGGGACCUAGCGAACCUGUUUCAAUAGUGGGCAAGACAUUAAAGCUGGUGCCAGUUCAGCAGUUCCUGGUCCAAAACGCCACCACAGACACUGUCCAGGCGAGGUGGGCUUCAGUUAGAGGUGCCACAGGAUACCGCCUGACAUGGGCGUCCCCAGAUGGUCACAUAGAGAACAUAAACCUGGGAGACAACUUUAACUUCUACAUGAUCCAGGGCCUCCGUCCAGGCUCUGAGCACACCAUUACCAUCAACCCCAUUUUUGGAGACAUCGAGGGUCCUGUCACCACCACCACAGUCAAAACAUUGGAAAGCAGUGCAGUUCAGACUCUGAAGGUAUCUGCUGUGACCACCAGCACUGCUGUCAUCUCAUGGAACAGUGUCCCAGGAGCCACCGGAUACAGACUGGCCUGGGGACCCACCCCAGAGUUUGUUGGUCGGGACCGUCCCAGGCAGUUGGCUCUGAAUGGCAGCACCACAGAGUAUCACCUGAAGAAUGUAGCCCAUGAUACAGAGUAUGUCCUGACUCUCUAUGUGCUGUUUGGAUCUGUGGUGGGGCCUGGUAUCACCGCUACCUUCAGAACCUCUCCUUUGGGGUAUGUGUCCAACUUCAAGGUGACAUCCUACACCAGUACCAACAUAGAUGUGGAGUGGAGUCCCAUUGUAGGAGCCACAGAGUACAAACUCUCUUGGAACACAGAUGAUAGCAGCCUCCAGUCCCGUUACCUGGACCGCAGUGUUCUCUUCCACCGUAUCGAAGACCUGAACCCACAGUCCACCUACAUAAUCACCAUCUGCGCAGUAUACGGCAACUCAGAAGGACCAGAAAUCUCCUUAUCUCAGCUCACAGCUGCUGUCUCAGACUCAGAGCCAAUCCAGGCAGUGAAGGGGGUGAAGGUUGUGGACAUUGGAAUUAACUUCUUCACCUUGUCUUGGAGAAAAACACCAGGGGCAUCUGGGUACAAAAUAACCUGGAUCCCCUUUCUGGGGGGUGAUGAGAAGUCCCACGUGGUACCUGCUGCCUCCACUACCUUCACCAUUCGCAAUCUGCGGGAGAGCUCGGCUUAUAAGAUCCAGGUGUCCUCCAUGGUGGCCAACAGGGAGGGAAGCCCAGUUCUGGUUACUGCACGCACCUUGGAUCUUCCAAAAGUGAAUGGCUUUGCUGCUCUGAACACCACAGACAGCAGCACUGUUCUGAACUGGACUCAAGUGGCAGGCGUCUCUGGUUACCUUCUCUCCUGGAGGCACAUCUCAGUGUUGGACACUAAAACAGAGAUCCUGGGUCCUGGUUUCUCCUCGUACAAGAUCAGUGAUCUCCUGUAUGGCAGAACGUAUAUUUUCACCAUUAGACCUUUGUACGGAGAAGUGGAGGGGCCUAUAAGCACAGUGUAUCAAAGAAUAUUGGGACCGGAUCCUCCGGUGGUAACAGUCCAGUCUGUGCCAGCCACGGCAGCCCCCCAGUUCCCUCGUAUUACGACUGCCUCACAGACUGCCUCCACCACCGACACUACCAUCGCUCACACAGCCACCAGGACCACCCGGCACCCCAUUGCUGUGCCACCAGUUAAAACUAUAACCACCAAGAAGCCCUCAGGUCAGCCAAGUGUCACAGAAGCCAAAAUAGCAGCCGUCACCUCCCUUCAAUUAACCACAGUCAGUGCAGAGACAACAGCUGCACCACAACCAGUGUGUGGUAAGACCAAAGCAGACAUAGUAUUCUUAGUGGAUGAGUCCUCCAGCAUUGGUGCCAACAACUUUAUCAAGAUGAAGGAGUUCAUAUUCCGGGUGGUCACUUACUUCCCUGUCAUUGGUCCUCAAGGCACACAGAUAGCUGUGGUUCAUUACAGUGAUGAGCCCCGAAUUGAAUUCCAUCUAAGUGACUUCAAAGACAGAAACUCUGUGCUCCGGGCACUCAGGGCCCUUCGUUAUGGAGGGGGUAACACUAAAACAGGGAAAGGUAUCGGCUACGUUCUGCAGGAGCUGUUCCAGGAGUCUCUGGGGAUGAGGCAGGAUAUGCCCCAUGUUCUGGUUGUGAUUACAGAUGGCAGGGCCCAAGAUGAUGUGUUGCCACCGUCCAGAAUUGCUCGAGCUCUAGGUGUCAGUGUCUUGGCAGUUGGAGUUUCUAAUGCAGACAUCGAUGAGCUGAAUAAAAUAGCAGCUCCCACCACUUACAAGAAUAUCUUUUUCUCACCAACCUUUGAUGACUUUCCUUCAAUAGAGAGAGAAUUUAUCAAUAGCAUCUGUAGUGAUGAACUCCUCUCUGAGUUCAAACUAAAUGAUGAGUUCGCUCAGUUGGACACGCCAACUGAAGACCCAGAGGAGCUGCCUAAGCCUCAGGGUCCUUGCACCUCCCAGUGUAUGAAGGGCCAGAAAGGUGAAAAGGGGGAUGGUUUUGGUCUUGGAGGUCUGAGAUUUAGGCAAAGCCCCGGACAGUAUGAUCCAUUCACUUCCUCCAAAGGAGAGAAGGGAGAGAGGGGACCUCCAGGAACAGAUGGUAUUCCUGGGUUGCCUGGACGACCGGGGAGAACUGGACCCCCAGGUUCUGCUGGCCAGCGGGGCUCUCAAGGCAUUCCAGGUGAUAUGGGUCUUCCUGGACUCCCUGGUCCAAAGGGACAAAGAGGAGAGAGAGGAGAGCCUGGGUAUGUUAUAGCUGGCACGGACGCUAAUUUCGUUCCUGGUCGAAAAGGAGAGCCGGGAUCUUCAGGUCCCCAGGGACCUCCUGGUGUACCAGGUGUCAAUGGAUCUCCAGGCCUGCCCGGCCAGCAAGGACCUCCAGGGUCACCAGGAAUAUCUAUCAAGGGUGAUCCUGGGGAGCCGGGAGCAAAAGGUUUACGUGGGAAGCAGGGCGUGAAAGGAGACAAAGGAGAGGCAGGAAAAGAUGGUAUUGCAGGUUUGCCUGGUCCCAUUGGCAUAGAUGGGGUACCAGGAUUACCGGGUCAGAAAGGAGAGAAGGGUGAAGAGGGCAUUGGCAUACAAGGUAUUCAGGGUCCUCGUGGACAGCCGGGAGAGAAGGGAAAUAUUGGCUUAACGGGACCAGUUGGCCCAAAGGGUGAUCGUGGAGAACAAGGAAUCCAAGGAAUCAUUGGACCUCGGGGGAAGAAGGGAUUCAAAGGGGAGCAAGGGGACAAGGGGGACCGAGGAGAGAUGGGACCAAUAGGACCACAAGGACCCACAGGACUGACAGGGCCAGUGGGGUUAAAAGGAGAUGAGGGUCCAAGAGGAGUUCCUGGAGAUCCUGCCAAGGGUAUAAUUGGUCCAACUGGAAAAAAGGGUGCCAGGGGAGACAUCGGUCCAGUCGGCCCCACAGGUCCCCAGGGAAUAAAGGGUGAUCGCGGAGACAAAGGAGAAAAGGGCAGUCCUGGUUUUGGAAUUCCAGGACAGCAGGGACCAAAGGGAGAGAAUGGCGAGAGGGGAAAUGUUGGUUUGUCUGGAAAACCAGGACCAAAGGGGCAUGAUGGUGCUAAAGGUGACAAAGGAAAUAUUGGAUUACCCGGCAAUCCUGGAGAACCAGGAUUAAGAGGUAAAGAUGGUGCAUCUGGAACUAAAGGAGACCAAGGAUUUAAGGGUGAACAAGGACCACCUGGAGAGCCUGGUGACAGAGGAAUCAGGGGUCCACUGGGGUUACCAGGACGACCAGGGGACCCGGGAGAAAAAGGAGAUUCUGGGAAACCUGGGUUGCCAGGUACUGAUGGAAAGAAAGGCGACAAAGGAGAGCCAGGAAAACCUGGGCCUCCGGGAACACAAAUUGUUUCAGACAACAAUAUCCUGACCAGAGUGAUCAAGGGUGAACCAGGAGAGCCUGGUCAGCCUGGGUUGAGAGGAGAAACAGGUCUGCCUGGACCACGAGGUCCUGAAGGUAAACCAGGCUUACCAGGAUCAUCUGUGGGUGGUUCUGGAAGAGAUGGACUUGAUGGUUUACCAGGGAAACCAGGAGUGAAGGGUGAACCUGGCCAAAAGGGUGAGCCUGGUUUGAGGGGCGAAAAAGGAGACCAGGGCAGGGUUGGGAUUGCAGGAAUGCCUGGCUUACCUGGAACUCCAGGGAGACCUGGCAUCGAUGGGAAGAGGGGCCUGCCAGGAAAAGAUGGAGAAAGGGGACCGAAAGGAGAUGAUGGCAAAAAGGGGGACAAGGGAGACACUGGUGAAAAUGGUAAAGAUGGCAGUAAGGGGGAACCAGGACCUCCGGGUUUGCCUGGUAGGCAAGUGCUCGUCACUCCAGAGGGUGCCACCAUUGACGAAAUCCGACAAGCAUUUCCAAUCCCAAUGGGUCCUCCAGGAGCUACUGGUUCACCAGGAAUGAAGGGUGAUAAAGGAGAAAGUGGCAUCAAAGGAGAGAAGGGCGAUGCUGGAGCUCCUGGAAAAUCUAUUGGGAUGAAGGACAUUGAAAUAAUGUUUGAAGCCUAUGGCAUAAGGCUGCCUUUGCUGAAGGCUUUGAUUGACAGGCUGCUGCAGGAUGGAGUAGAGGAGCUGCUUCAUGUGCUCGGCACCACCAAGAAAACAAAAGAAAACACAGGCACUCACACCUCCAACGUCAUCACUGAGUACACAAGUCCAGUAAAAUUUGACCUUGCCAGCCAGCAGCUGUCAGAGUUGGACAUCACUGAAGACCCAGAUGUAGACAGCCAGUUCCCAAAAUCUUUGUCAGUUGAGCCUUUAAAUGAAACUGCAGAGGGUCCUACUUCAUGGACUGGCAUCACACAAAGUGGAGAGCAGGAGCUCAACAGGACUGAGACCAAGUUGAAGGGAUCCACAGGGAAGAAGACAGUAGAUGGAGACAGUGAUGAAGUGUCUUCAGUAAAAAUGAACCUGACUGUUGUCAGCUCUACUUUCAAUUAUACUACUGCCCAGGAGACAGUUUCAGAUUUACCUGAAACUGUGGUGGACACAGUUCUCCUCACUCAGGAAGACUCUCUGAAGAAGAAUUCAGGUCAAAAGAAGAAGAAUAGGGAACGGGGAAAGGGCAAAGGAAAUAAAGGACGACAUAAGAGGCAGAGACAGCGCCUGACAAGUGAAGAGAACAAACAAGAAGAAGAAGAAGAGGAGUUUUAUAAUGGUGAAGAAUACAGUUAUGAAUACGAGGAAGAACUUUCCACAGAUGACCCCUCAGUCUUGCAGGAGAGCAGAGAGCUUGAAGUCCAAACAGAGGAAUUCCCUCAUCCGGCGGAUAAAAAGGAGGAACAAUUACCCACUCACAGUCCUCUCCAGUCAGAAACAUCAGCAGACACCUCCAGUCAUCCUCUGACUUCCUCCUCAGACAGAGAAACAGACGCACAGGCUGUCUUGACAACCACAGAGCCACUAUCUCAACCCAUGGAGGAUAUAGAAAAGGAUGAAGUGUCUCUGCCAACACCUCCUCUCACAACAGAAGAACCAGACAAGGUGCCUCAAUCUCAAAUCAGGGUGAGAAGAAGCGCCCCCUGGCCUGAUUCCAUGGUCUUCAUGCCAGGUGCCCCCGGUGGACGAAAUCGAUUCAAGGAGGCACAAAAACGUGUGUCCUCUGGAGCUCAAGGUUACAACAGCUUCAAUACACAUUCCAGGAGGGAGAGGAAAGAAAGAAGAGAGAGGCAAAGAUACAGUGAGACAGAAAGAGAGUUUCAUAUUGAAAUACAGGGACGAGGAGACCACCAGACUAAAGCUGAAGAGGCUGGAGAAUGGGAAAUAGGAAAAGAGAAAGGAGCAGAGCCAGGUGGAUAUACAGAAACAGCCCCAGAUCCAGUCUACGAUGAGGAGGAGAGGAGCGGAGAUUACGACUGGGAUGCCGAGGAGGACGUGGAUCGAGAGAGGGAAGGGGAGGAGGAGGGGGACCUGGAGAGGCAGAGGGAGAGAGAGAGGCUGGAGAUGGAGAGGGAGAGAGAGGAGCUGGAGAGGGAGAGGGAGGCCGAGCUGGAGCUGGAGAGAGAAAAGAUGGAGAGGGAGAAGGAGCUGGAGAGGGAGAGGCCUGAGCAGGAGGGAGGGGAGAGGGACUUGGAGAGGGAGAGGGAGGAGUGGGAGAGGAGGAGGAUGGAGAUAGAGAGGGGGAGAGGGGGGGGUUAUGAUGAAGAAACUGGACAGCCAUACCCAUAUCCUCCAGAGUAUUUUUUCCUCAAGGGACAACCAGGGGAGACUGGAAGGCCAGGACAAAAGGGUGAAAUUGGUGAAAAGGGACAAAAGGGAGAGCCAGGCAUCGGCCACAGAGGGCCAGAAGGCCAGGCUGGUCCUCCAGGACAGAAGGGUGAACCAGGUGAGCAAGGGCCUCCAGGUGCUCAGGGCAUCCAGGGUAUCCGUGGUAAUGCAGGCAUCCAAGGCUCCCCAGGCCUUAGGGGUCUGCCAGGGGACCCAGGGGAACCAGGCAGAGAGGGUGAACGGGGUAAAAGGGGGAGGAAUGGAUCACCUGGAGCUCCUGGAUCUCGUGGAGAACCAGGACCUAAAGGUCCUCCUGGUGAACCUGGAGUAAAAGGAGUAAAGGGUGACAGUAUUCCAGGAGAGCCUGGUGCCAGGGGUUUGGCUGGUUUCCCAGGCAGAAGGGGUGAAAAAGGCACUCCAGGUGUUAAGGGAAUCCCAGGACACAUAGGUCCAAAAGGUUUGCGUGGCAACAAAGGUGAAAAGGGAGAGCGUGGGUUACCUGGAGUCAGAGGAGAAAGGGGGAGUGUGCUUCAAAUCCAAGGGCCCCGUGGAUUUAAGGGUUCCAAAGGAGAGGCGGGGGAGCGAGGCCCACCAGGUUUUGAUGGUGACAAGGGAGAGAAGGGCGAAGAUGGUCCUCCUGGAGUCAAGGGCUUAAAGGGUGAUGCAGGUACCAAGGGUGCACUGGGACGGUUUGGAGCUCGAGGACCUGUAGGCCAGAAGGGAGAUCCAGGAGAGCCAGGGCUCAAUGGAGUGAUGGGUCGUAAUGGGGAUCAUGGAAUAGAUGGAACCAAAGGGGACAAAGGGGACAUAGGACUGCAAGGCCAAAAGGGCGAUCAGGGUGAUCCAGGAGAACCAGGCUUACCAGGAGACAAAGGGGAGAAAGGAGAGAAGGGUUUCAGAGGUUUACCUGGUCGCAUUGGGAGCCCAGGCCUGGAUGGAGAAAAGGGAGAUAUGGGCAUACCUGGCACCCCUGGUAUGCCUGGACUGAAUGGACUUACAGGCCGCAAGGGUGACAAAGGAGAAGGUGGGGUCAAUGGUGCAGAUGGCGAUCCAGGAGUGAAAGGGGAUAAAGGUGCAGCAGGUUUCCCAGGUUUCCCAGGUUUUAAGGGCUCAGCAGGGAGUCCAGGGAGGGAUGGAGAUGAGGGGCAACCAGGGCCACCAGGACCCCGUGGGGACACUGGACCUAAGGGGGAGAGGGGGAGAAAAGGCAGAUUGAAGCCAUGUCAGAGGGGAGCACCUGGGACACCAGGACAAAGAGGAGAGAGUGGUUUAGUGGGGAAUGGUGGAGCAAAGGGAGAGAAGGGAGAGCCUGGACUGUCAGCCAAAGAUGUGAAGGAUCUAGUCACCCAGGAGGUGAUAGAAAAGUGUGGGUUGGAAUACAAGUUCAUGGUAAAGUCUGUGGAUCCAGAUGGAACAACCGCAGUGACUGACAAUAAAAAUGAGCCAGAUGAUGUAGUGAUGUCCCUCUCUCAUGACCUUCAAGAAGGGGUAGAGGAAGUAGUUGAACAGGUGGAAGAGGAAGAAAUGACCAGUCCUACCCCUGCGAUCCACAGUGAAGAAGGGAUGCAACCAAACAGCACUGAUUCUCUUGAGGGAGGGACUGUGGAGUGGGGACAGAGAAAGAAAAGAAGGGUAUUUGGAACAAACACUGCUGCAGUAGAUCGCUGCCUGGAGCCGAUGUCAGAGGGGGCCUGUUCAGAGUAUGCUCUGCUCUGGUACUUCCACCCUCACUCAGGGGACUGCCGACCGUUUGUGUACGGGGGCUGCGGUGGCAACCGAAACCGAUUCUCCUCAAGACAAGAGUGCCAGAGCUGGUGUGGGACGGAGAGGAGAGGCACUGAACCCUGGAGCUGAAACCAGCAACCCAGGACAAGAUGCUCAUUUUUGUACAUAAUUGUGUAAAAUUAGUAUUUUGUGUUUUACAUUGCUUUUAUUUAUACAUUUUAAAAGCUGUUUCCAGAUUUGUUGUAUGGACAAAAUGUUGAAAAUCAAAAUGUGAAUGUUCAAAACUUUAAUUUUUUAAUUUCUUUAUAUACAUGUUUCUUAAAUAGACUGACUUGAGAUUGUGCUUUUGAAUAUCAACACUGAUUAGAAUUAAUGCCACUGAACAAUUAAAUCAGUCUUCACUUUU